AUGUCCAAUAAUAUUUCUUAUGAAUCACCAAUUAAUAUUAUUCAUUCAUCUUUAAUUAAUUGUUGUGUGACAAUAACUGAAGAAAACGAAGAAGAACUUGAACAAUUAAGACGUGACGAUGAAGAAGAAAAUCAAAGAAAACAACAUCAUUUAUUAAAAAUAAAUGAUGGAUCAAUACCAACAGUAACAUUACAUGAUAACGAUGAUCGAGCUGAUAUACUUGAGAAUGAAAAUGAAUCAGAAAUAAAAAUUAUGAAUAAUACAGAAAGUUUUGAAAAAGUUCAAGAUGAUAAUGAACAUCUUUCAACUAUUUAUGAAUCUUUAAGUCCACAAUUUCAAACGGAAGAAGAAGAUGACGACGACGAAGAAGAAGAAGACGAGAUUUAUGAUGAUGCAUAUGACAAACUAAUUGUAUAUGAUAUUGCUAAUGUUGAAUCAAUCGAAAAAUCUUCGACUACCCAUCCUAAAAUUGAACCAAUUAUGUCUCCAUCUUCAUCAUAUCAUUCUUCAAUUCUUGAUCGAACGCGUAUCCGUUCAUGUUAUACCGAUGCAUCAUUUGAACCAUAUUCUAUAUCAACUAAUACUCUUUCUGCGUCAAAUUUAUGUGGAACAACAACAAUGAUCACUUCGAAAGUUUUUACUCCUCCAUUUUUAACUAACAAUGAAAAAUCAUCUUCAUCACCGGUAAUUAAUAAUCAAAAUAAUUCUAUAAAUAAAUCUUUGGCUUCACUUCAAAUACAACAAGAAUCACCAUCGAAAUCUUCACCUAUGUCAUUAUCAGUUCCAAUGUUACUUUUACCUACAAGAAUCGAACAAAAUACAUGCAUGAUAGGUAAUAAUCAAUUAAUGCCAUUGCAACAUGUCAAAAAAAUGAAAGUAAUUCAAUCUUCAUCAUCAAGUCUGUCAGAUUUUAUCUUACCAGCAUCAUCAUCAACGCUAAAAAGUACAAUACAUUACGAAGAAGUACCAAGCGUCCAUCAUUCACUGACAGAUUGUUCAUCGAUUCAUCGAAUAUCUUGUUGUGCACCCGUUAUUGAUGAAGAUUGUUCGACUAGAAAUAAAUCAUCCAAUGAUAAUCAACGUCGACCAUCAUUUACUCGUCGUAUUCUUACAAAUGGUUUACUAUUAUCUCAUUGUUCGAGUAGUAAUCAAAAUCAUCGACGAGCACAACCACCUCUUACAUUUAACCAAUAUCGUCAUCAAACAAAACCAAAAAGUGAAGAAAAACUUUCAUCAUUAUCUUCUCCUGCUACUUUUUCUUCAUCAUCAUCAUCUUCGGAAUCAAGUUCACCAUCAGGUGAAAAAUUUAUGUCUCGAUCAGAUUUUAUUCUUCAACAACAGCAACAACAACAACAACAAAAUAUAUCUCAGCAACGUAAAGCAACUAGUCUUAAAACUAUAGCUGAAACAUCAAAUCAACAACCAUCAAAAAUUCUUUAUCCAAUCGAUUUUCAAACGAAUCAUAUUGAUCAAUCAUGGUAUCAAAAACAUUUAUCAUCAUCUCAUCAUAAUAAAGUUCCAACAUCUGAUUCUGGUAUUGUCAUCGAUACAGUUGGUACUCGACCAACAUCGAAGUCAAGUAUUGAAGAACUUGAAAUUGAAAGUGCUUUAGUUGAAAGUGAACAUGAAUUAGUGUUUAAACAAAUUUUAAAUGCAAGUGAAAGUGAUCAACAAAAAAUUCGACACUUAUAUAAUGAUUUACAAUUAUUAAUUGACCGAAUAAUGGCAGAAAAAAAAUCUAUUCGAAAUGAAAUUGAUUAUACUCAACAAACACUUUUUAAACUUGAACAUGAAUUACGUGAACUCGAAGAACAAUAUCGACCGUCUGAUGAUAAAAUUCUCAAAAAGAAAGAAAUUAUUGCUGAGACACGUAAAAAACAUGAAGAUCUCGAAUUUCAAUUAAUGGAGUUAGAAACACGUUGUGAAGCUGAACUUGAACAAGCUGAAGAACAUUUUCAAAAUGAACAAAUUACUGUUGAACAAAAUACAACUAUUCGACAAAAUACUUUACAAGAUCUUGAUCGUCAACAAAAUAUUAUUUUACAUCAAGUUAUUGUAGAAAAAGAAAAACUUGAAAAAGAAAAACAAAAACUUAAAUUAUUAUUUAAACAAAAAAAACUCGAAGCCAAUGAAUUAGAACAAAAAAUUAACAAAAUAUCAUCAAAACAAGAAAAUUCUUAUGGAAAUGGUCAUCAUCAACAACCAAUACAUAGUGUUUGGUUCAAUGGUAAUACGACAGUUUAUCAUUCAACUCCAUCAAAUCUUUAUAGUCCAAUAAACUAUCCAAAUCGUAUUUCAUCACCGAAAAUGAACAUAAAAGACAAGGAACAAGAAAAAUUGAAUGAAAUCAAAGAAAUGAUUGCUGUUGCUAAACUUGAAAAAAUGACUGUACUCGAACAACAAUUACGUGAACGUUAUAAUGAACUUCUUCAAUGUCAUGAUGAACAUGCAAAACGUGUUGAAUUAGAACAAAGAUUAGCAAGUGAAAUUCAAAAUCGUGAAUAUCUUAUUCAAUGUCAAGUUAAACUACGCGAAAAAAAUCGAAUGCAGGAACGUCCAUUAACACGUUAUUUACCAAUACGUUCACUUGAUUUUGAUCUUCGUGCCCAUAUUGAAGGUGCUGGUCAUUUAUUAGAUUCUCCACAUAUUCAUAUAACAUCAACAUCAUGUCGUGGUUUUCUUCUUAAAAUGGGUGGAAUGAAAUUUAAAACAUGGAAUCGUCGUUGGUUUGUAUUUGAUCGUAAACGUCGUUCAUUAUUUUAUUAUCAAGAUAAAACAGAAACAAAAUUACGUGGUUGUAUUUAUUUUCAAUCAAUCGUUGAAGUUUAUGUUGAUCAUUUACAAUCAAUAUCAUUAAGAUCACCUGAACCACGUGAAGCAACAUUUAUUGUUAAAACAAUUGAAAGACCUUAUUAUUUAGUUGCACCAACAGCUGAAUCAAUGCGUAUGUGGGUUGAUGUUAUUAUUACAGGUGCUGAAGGAAAUACUUUUGCUGGAGAAAGUUGA